AUGAAGCUUUCAGUUUCGUUGCUCGCACCCACAUUCCUUUUUUCCCUACUAGUCCUCGCAGCGCCUGGCCUUCCUCGCUCUUCUGGUUUGACUCCCCGAGCUUUUGUCUCAGGUACAUGGGGUCUCGUCCAGGAAGGCACCACUGGUGUCAGUGCCCAACAAAUGGUCAUCGUUUCCGAAACCAAGGCCAUCAUCUUUGAUAAAGUAGAGCGCAACCCGUUGAUGGUGAAUGGACACGCCGCCUGGGCUGCGGAGAUUGACCUACCCUCGAGAACUGUCCGCCCUCUUAAUCCAAUCACCAACACCUGGUGCGCUACUGGAAGCUUCCUCGGCAACGGCACAUUCAUCAACUCGGGUGGCAACCCAAUGGUUGGUGCUGGUGCCAAUGGUUUGCAAGGUCUUCGCAUGUUUAACCCAUGCGAUGAUGGAACCUGUGAUAUUAUGGAGAACACUCGGCGCAUUCGUCUCACUUCAAAUCGUUGGUAUCCUUCUUCCGCCAGGCUUGAAGAUGGCUCUGUCAUGAUUCUAGGGGGCUCCGUAUCUGGAGGGUUUAUCAAUGGUGCCGGUGUCAAUAACCCUACUUAUGAAUUCUUCCCGCCCAAAAAUAUAAACGGCUUCAACGGUCUCCGGAUUCCUAGCCAGUUCAUGGUCGACACACUCAACGGCAACCAUUUCCCAAACAUGCACGUUCUUCCCGACGGCCGAAUCUUCGUCUCAGCCAACCAGCAAGCAAUGAUCCUUGACUGGAAGACAAACACUGAGACCCGUCUCCCCGGAAUCCCCAAUGGUGUACGCAUCAGCUCUCCUUUCUCCGCAGGCGCCGUUCUCCUCCCCCUUACACCCGCGAACAACUUUACCCCGGAAAUCAUGAUUUGCGGUGGAUCGACAGUUUCAGACCGCGUCAAUCCCAGCACAUUGUCAUCUCAGACGCCCGCGUCAGAUCAAUGCGCCCGAUUGGUGUUGACGACCGCUGGUAUAGCCGCUGGAUGGAAGGUAGAGAGGAUGCCCCAAACCCGGAUUUUCGUCGAAUUGGUUCUGUUGCCCGAUGGUCGCGUGCUGUUGGUCAAUGGUGCGAGGACUGGUGUGGCUGGAUACGGUAACGUCGGCGACCAAAUCGGCCAAAGCAAUGCAGACAACCCAACUCUCACUCCAGUUGUGUACGAUCCCAACGCGCCGGCUGGACAAAGAUUCUCGUCCGACGGUAUCCCUGCAUCAACCAUCCCCAGAAUGUACCACUCGACCUCUUCGCUCACUCCCAACGGUACUAUAUUGGUUGCUGGAUCCAAUCCUAAUGACGACUUCUCUACUGCUAAGUACCCUACGGAAUACAGGAUGGAAUUUUUCUCUCCGCCCUACAUGUUCCGACCCCGCCCAACCUAUACCGGGCUUCCUGCUACGGUCAACUUUGGCACUUCUUUCACUCUUAACGUAGUGCUUCCAUCGACAGCUACCAGUGUUGUUGUAAACAUUAUCGACCUGGGAUUCGCGACACACGGUGUUCACAUGGACCAGCGACUCGUUCAACUGCAAGCCACUCUUUCCCCAGACAGGAGGUCUCUCCGUGUUACUGCGCCUGCUAACGGUCGUAUCUAUCCUCCCGGACCUGCAUUCGUGUACGUGGUUACGAACGAAGGUGUACCCAGCUUUGGACACAAGACGAUCAUCGGGACGGGAGCUUCGCCUCCUGUCAACCAAGCUGCGAUCAACAAUAUGCUCGCCAACACAUCUGGCCCCGCGGCCGUGGCGAAGGCACAGGCAGUCCCGUCGCCAACCUCAGGCGAAGGAAGCCACGUUGCCAGUGAAGUCAUUCCUGCCCCCGAGCAACCGACCGCCUAA